UUUCUAUGAAAAAGUUUGUUAUUCUGUCAAGUGUCAGCAGAAACAAAAUAUCUCCCCUAGCUUGCUUGCCGCAAACGACCAUGCCAGCAUUAUUGCUGCUGCUGCUUGUGAGUUUGAAUCUGAGCAUAGGCAUUUGCUAUCACGAUGGGGAUGGUGAUGAUGAUGAUGAUCCAGUUGGAUGUCCCGUGCGUGUGUACUGUUCGGAAAACAACGCCAAUAUUCUUGAGCUGCCUGGCUCUUCUUCUUCAGUGAAACUCCCCAUCCGUCACAUUAAUUACACAUCAAAAACUUUAGAAAUUUAUGAUCCCAAACACUGUUUUCCAGAACUCUCUCUCAGACUCGAUUACUCAUCAUUUCAUCCUUUCCGAUAUAUUAAACAUUUUCUUGAUUUCGAUAGUUAUGAUGAUUCUCUAGAGCCAACAAACUGUACUUUCUUUGAUUGCUCUUCAGGUGUGCCUGCAAACAUCCUCAUCGGAGGUUUCUACGACGUAGAAGAUCUGUUAUUUUGCCCGAUUUACAAUUCUUUUGAUGAGGACGAUGUCGUCGAGGCCAACCUUGUAUUCUGCACAAAAUUGGCCCGUCAUGUCUUGCCAAUUUCCGUAUGUAGCAAUCAGACACGGUGGCCUCCAUUAUACUUUGGGUGGUCAACAAAUACUUUUGAGAGUGGAUGCUUUCUUGCUUGCAACAAAUCCAACAAGGGAACUCAACUCUAUAAAUCCAUUUUUUUACCCCUUACAGGUGCAGCUCUCCUGUUCUCAACACUGGGUGCCUUGUAUUAUAUAUAUUGCUAUUAUAGAAACAAAGGGGAAGAUCACCAAAGAGUUCAAACUUUUUUGAAGGACUAUGAGGCAUUAAACCCAACCAGAUUCUCUUAUGCUGAUAUCAAGAGAAUCACUAAGCAGUUUAAGGACAAGUUAGGUGAAGGAGCUCAUGGAGCUGUCUACAAAGGUAAAUUAUCCAAUCAAAUUCUGGUUGCUGUAAAGAUCCUCAAUAACACAGAUGGAGAUGGGAAGGAGUUCAUAAAUGAAGUGGGAACAAUAGCCAAAAUCCACCAUGUCAAUGUGGUCCGCUUGCUUGGCUACUGCGCCGACGGAUCUCACCGCGCUUUAGUUUAUCACUUCUUCCCCAAUGGUAAUCUCCAGACCUUCAUCGCUCCGUCCAGCGACAAGGAAAGCUUUCUCGGAUGGAACAAGUUGCAUCAGAUUGCACUCGGCAUAGCUAAAGGGAUUGAAUAUCUUCACCAAGGCUGUGAUCAGAGAAUUCUGCAUUUUGAUAUUAAUCCUUACAAUGUCCUGUUAGAUGACGGUUUCACUCCAAAAAUUUCAGACUUUGGUUUAGCUAAGUUAUGCUCCAAAAAUCGAAGUACUGUAUCCAUGACUGCAGCAAGGGGAACUUUAGGAUACAUGGCGCCGGAAGUUUUCUCUAGAAACUUCGGCAAUGUAUCUUAUAAAUCCGAUAUCUAUAGUUAUGGGAUGUUAUUGCUUGAGAUGGUUGGAGGAAGAAAAAAUACAAAUGCUAGUCAAGAAACAUUUCAAGUUCUAUAUCCCAAUUGGAUACAUAAUUUGCUCGAAGGAGAUGAUACAUAUAUUCCUAUCGAUGAUGAUGGAGAUUUUAGAAUUGCAAAGAAACUGGCAAUAGUAGGAGUAUGGUGCAUCCAGUGGCACCCGGUUCAGCGUCCGUCCAUGAAAAGUGUAGUUCAAAUGCUUGAAGGAGAGGAAAGCAAGUUGAAAGUGCCGCCAAAUCCUUUUGAAUCUGCAGCUGCGACUACUUCAAGUGCAAUUAUUCCAGCAAGACGUCUGAAUUUGGAGUUGGAAGUAAUCCCAGAAACAGACACUACCAGAAACACGGUGAUUAGCCACGGAAAAAACCAUGGCUAAAAUCAAGAAAAACCGUGGCAAUGAAGCGUUAGCAACGAAUGGGUAUCCGUGGCUAACAAGGGCGACGCAUUUUCAGUUAGCCACGGUUUUUGGCCUGUUAGCCACGGUUUUGUGACCCGUGGAGACAUUU